AAUAGCUGAACUGUCAUAUUGGUUGGGCAACAACAAAUUGAUAUUUCUAAAUUAUUUUUUUCUCGGAGUCGAUAAAAAUAAGUUGAGAAAGAUGCAAAAGAAACCUUUAAAUGCUAACACGCUACUGGACAAACUGCAUCGUGGAGCUGUAUACGCUUGCAUUGGUGUCACUCUGUAUGGAACUUAUAUACUAGGAAUGCGGUAUUACCAUUAUUACACCGUAAUAAGACCGGAGAAGCAGCAAGCGGAACUGAAGCUACUCGAUGAGGGUGCCCACGAUAAGGCCAAGGAGCUAAAGUACUAAGGAUUUACUCAAUUCCCUUUUUUUGUGUAAUGUUUGUUAAGAGUAUAAAUAAAUAGUUAAUUGCAAAA